AUGCUGCUGAGACGUCUGGCGGGGAGGUACUGUGUUCAGGACAUGCGUAAGCUCUUAUUUUCAGGACGACAAACUUUUGCCUGUAAUCGCCAUCAUGUGAACUCGAAAUGUGCAUUGCAUUUCUACACGUCUAUGAAAUCUAGGCAAACUUUAGUGUGCAGAAGUUUAUAUAGCGGCACUGUUAGCGCAAGUGGGUAUAACACCUGUGACAAAGGAAUAAGCAGGUGUUACACAACACCUGCAGCAACAGCAUCCAAAAAACCACGCCCAGUUUUUAGGAAACUGGAUGGAACCGUCGACACAUCGUGCAAGGAAUUUCAGGCCAGACUAGAUGGAAGCAAACAACUCGAGGAGAAACACAAGCAGAUGGUGGCAGUCGCCAGGUCCGGAGGAGGGCCUAAGGCCAUGGAGCGACACGUCAAAGCCAACAAGAAGCUGUUUGUUCAGGAUCGGUUGAGGCUGCUGCUGGACGAGUACAGCGACGAUACGUUCUUGGAGAUUGGCACGCUUGCGGGGUUCGGGAUGCCGUACGGCGACAUACCUGGUGCCAGUGUUGUGACAGGCGUGGGGAAAAUCAAUGGUAUCUGGUGUGCAAUAACAGCCAACGAUGGCACAGUCAAGGGUGGUACUGUGUACCCCAUCGGAGUCAAGAAACAGCUGAGGCUACAGGAGAUAGGACUGCAUAACCGACUACCGUGUGUGUACCUCGUUGACAGUGGGGGCGCUUUCCUCCCAUUACAGUCAGAGAUUUUUCCAGACAAGGAGCAAGGCGGCAAGAUAUUUUACAAUGAGGCUCGGUUUUCUGCCCUGAAAAUCCCCCAGGUAGCCAUUGUGGGUGGUUCCUGCACGGCAGGCGGGGCCUACGUGCCUGCCAUGUGUGACGAGGCCGUCAUGGUUGACAAGAUCGGGACCAUAUUUCUUGGAGGUCCCCCCUUGGUGUAUGCCGCGACAGGAGAGAAAGUCAGCGCGGAGAACUUGGGAGGCGCCACGCUCCACUGCAAAGUCAGUGGCGUCAUGGAUCAUUUUGCUGCCACGGAAGAGGAUGCCUUUGAGACCGGAAGGGAGAUUGUAGCAAGUCUCAAUGAACAGGGACCCGUGGAAUACGAGGGUUGGGAGGAACCGCUGUACAGCGUAGACGAACUACCUGGUUUGGUUGUAGACAACCCGGGAAGUAUGAAAAAGGUUAUUGCUCGGCUAAUUGACGGCAGUCAAUUCCAUGAGUUCAAGUCCAUGUACGGUCCCAGCCUAGUCACAGGAAUGGCAUAUAUACAGGGUCAUCUAGUAGGCAUCAUCGGCAACGACGGCCCCUUAACGGCCGACGCCGCGACCAAAGGUGCGCACUUCGUGGAGCUGUGCUGCCAUCGACGGAUCCCGCUGAUCUUUCUACAGAACCUGACGUCAGACGCCAGCAUGCCGGAGACAGAAGACGGCGAGGCCAUGGGGAACGUGAUCAGAAACCGAGCCAAGAUGAUGAUGGCAGUGGCCUGUGCUCAAGUGCCCAAGAUGACGGUGAUCAUCGGGGACAGUUUUGGGCCCAGUAAUUUUGCCAUGUGUGGUCGUUCAUUCAGUCCUCGAUUUCUGUUCAUGUGGCCGUCAGCGCGGAUAGGAAUCAUAUCCCCGGAGGAGGCGGGGCAUGCUGCAGCUCAGAUGACUGGCGAAUCCAAUAGCAGCGACAAGACUGACGAGAUGAACAAGAGAUAUCAGCGACAGGUCUCAGCGCUUUACUCCAGUGGGCGACUGUGGGACGACGGGAUUAUUCUACCGCAGCACACACGCCAGGUUCUUGGCAUGUGUCUUAGUAUCGUCUCGCAACGUAGGGAGGAUGGCUACACGGACUUUGGCGUCUUCAGGAUGUGAGAGCUGGACGGUGGCAUCAUUCAUCAAGCUGGUAUCCCGUGAACUGGUGUCCAUUUUUGAUUUUCAUAACCUGACUACCCCAAAGCCUCCCAAAAUUACGAUUUGGAGCACGGAAGAUCAGCAGCUAAAGUUUACAAAACAUUUGUCAUAUAUUGUGCAUUCUGAUUUUGUUGAUUUAUUAUCAUAGAGCUAUAUUAAAUUACUAGAGCGCUAACUCCUCAUUCUUGCGCGCGGAGCGCUUUGAAGC